UCUCAAGACCACUGUCAUCAUGAAGUCUUUCCUCUUCGCCGCAUUGGUGGCUUCUGCGGUCGCUCUGCCUCAGCAACAGAAGGCUGCGAACUGCCCCGCUGUGACCAAAGUCAUUCCUGCCACCCAGAAGGCCUCUGCCACUGCCUACUGCAGCUCUUACCUCUCGCUCAAGCCACGCCCAACUGUGACAGUGAUCACAACCGCAUACGCCCCUAUGGUCACCGAGUUCAUCACAUCAAAAGUCAGCGUCGUCUGCCAGGCGCCUCCAGUCACCACGACCGCACGCGCUGGCACUGUGUCCAAGAAGGUGGUCGUCCAGCGAGAGGCGAACCCCGGCCAGCAGUCGCCCAAACCCAAGCCGCAGUGUCUCGAGAGCUACAAGAAGGCCCAGGCCAUCUCUUCCGCUUGCAAGUGCUUGAACAUUCCCACCGGCACGGUCACCUCGACACGCACCACAACUGUCUCGAGCACCACCAAGGCUAUUGUCACUCAGACUAUUGCCGUGCCUCCUCCUCGAUUCAAGCUUUUGGCCGUCAACGCGGGCGGCAACAACGAAGUUCUCGGACUCCUCGGAGGCAGCGGUCCUCUCACGGUCAAGCCGAAUGGAGAGUUCGGAGUCUUCGGCCUUGACGCCCAAGGCUCGCUUCGAAACUCGACGUACCCCGGCUUCGUUGCGAACCAGGACUCAGCUGGUACUCCAGAGGAGAGACGGCGAUCACCUGAUGGACGAUUUGUGUACGUGAACACCUCUGAAGAUAUCGCGGCAGAUGACUACGAUGCUCUCAAGUGCGAAGUUGUGCCGCAGAAGGAUCAGACUUGUCGGAUGGUCUGCAAUAAUCAAGUGAACAGCUUGGCUGCGUCGGACAGUGCCGAUAACAAAAGAUGGCAAUUGACUGAUGAGGAUUCGAAGCCGGCGGGAUUGGAGUUUUACCAAGUGAUUGUUCCGUAUGAUGGAUAG